UUACUUUGUUCUGUCUUUAGACUUUAAAGAGAAAGGAAAAAGAAUACGAGCAUGAGAUGGAGCGGCUGGCAAGAGAGAAAAUCGCCACCCAGCAGCGGCUGGCAGAACUGAAGAACGAGUUGAGCCAGUGGAUGGACAUCAUGGAGAUUGACAGAAUUGUUCGACAGACAGUUCAGCCAGAGGAUGACCAGGCAUCUACCUCCACAGCGUCAGAGGGCGAAGACAACAUGGAUGAAGACAUGGAAGAUGACAGGCCUGUGAACUCAUUACCAAAACUAGCCCAGCGCCAGCACCCAGAGCUCCUGAAAGCCGUCCCUUCAAACGCUGCUUCCCAUCACCUGGCGGUUUUGCCUCAGCACCUGUCUAUCCAGCAGAAACAGCCCCCAGCCCACGCACAGCCUUCCAUCCAGACACAAGCACUGGUCCAGCCGCAGGCGAUUGUCCCAGCACAGACUCACAUCGUGGCGGCUUCAACAGUGCAAUCGACUGUUAUCGCCCACACCGCCACUACCCACGCUUCGGUCAUUCAGACUGUCAACCACGUCAUUCAGGGUCCACAGACCAAGCACAUUGCUCACAUUGCACCUUCCACGUCCAGCCCUGUGCAACUUACCACUGCUGCUCAGCCUAUCGGCCACAUCACUGUGCACCCGGCCACCAUCAACCACAUGGCCCACCUCGGCCAGCAGCUGCCCAUCUACCCUCAGCCCGUGGCCGUCAGCCAGCCCGUGGUGAGCCACAUCGCUCACACGAUCUCUCACCAGCAAGUGAAUGGAACCACAAGUCUCGGCCAGCAAGCGGUGAUGGCCAAGCCGGCCGUGGGAACCCAAGUUGUCCAUCACCCGCAGUUAGUUGGGCAAACGGUCCUAAAUCCAGUAACUAUGGUAACCAUGCCAUCAUUCCCAGUGAGCACGCUGAAGCUGGCCUAGGGAGAAUCGUCCGAAGGUGAAGUCUUUGCUGGGAACCUUUCCUAAACUCCGUACAUUCCAACCACGUCCGACUCCGCGGGUUGAGGUGCAGAGCGGCAGGGUGCAGGGCUCUGUCCUGCUGCCCGGCAGCCUGGCGUGGCCAGAGGGGCCUCUCUGCACUUGAGUUUUGUUAAUCUGAGAAAACUAAAGAGACAGUUGUUCAUGGUGAUUUUUUUCCUUUUAUGUGUAAUCGGUGAAAUAUGGUUAUGAUGUUCUUAAGACUUUAAUUUUCCCCUUUUAUGUGUUGCUUCUUUGUAGAAUAAAUCUGCUGAUCUCUUUAUUGAGACGUUGUGUAGAAUGGGAAAAAAUCAUAAAGUCUAUAUUUAUAUAUAUGUGUGUAUGUGUGUGUAUAUAUAUGUAUAUACAUAUAUAUAUAAAUAUAACAUUUGAAGAAGGCCUUUUGUAAGGUUGAUUAUUUUGCAGGAUUAUUAGUCAAAAUUCAGUUUUGGAGGAAGAAGACACAGUGUCCUCUCUAAACAAGAAACUACGUUAGAUGGUUUGGUGGACCAGGGUACACAGACAGUGACAAAAGCAAAGCAAAUUGAACGUUCGAGAUAUUUCCCAUCAGUAUAUUACAUUUCAAAAAACCAUCUACAAUCACUGUGACUUGUUAUGGCAUUUUAAGGAAGUUCUCUGUCCUGUUUAAUAAAAGGAAAAAGAAUACACAACCGGA